AAAACAUAACCUCAAAAACACGCAACACUAAUGCAAAUUUUCGACUUUCGAAGUCUCCCCCGUGACCAAUUACCAAAUCUCUCAAGAUUAGUCUUAUUUUGCAAGAAAUAAAAAUGUAAUUUAUUCACCCAGUCAUUAUUCGCUAGUAUCCUCCAAACUUUGAAAUAAACCACCAGUGGCUCUGUGUUUUGUGAAGUGUUAUCAACGAAAUGUGAGAUGGCAUCCAAAAGAACUCCGAUUCAUUCUAACUUCCGGCCGAGUAAUCUCUCAUCCUCCAAAUGGGAAACAAAAGGCACUAAACCGCUUCCUGAUCCUUCUUCAGUGAAGAAAAUAUUUCUCAUGGUCUUGUUAUUUGGCUGCAAGAAAGUUAUGUUCACCCCUACAAACGUCCUCAGAGGAUAUGCCUUAGCCCUAUUCCUCAUAUCAGUGAUCGGUAAACAAAUGCCUAUCCCUAAAACUUUUUUUUCAAGAUCUGACAACUUUCUCAAUCUCUACUUUGUCAAACUUGGCUGGCUUUGGACGUUAAUAGUGGCUUUUCCAUUUAUCCUGCUGACAAGUUUCGUCUACUGUAGUGGGAAGCGUGACAGAAUCUUAAAACACCUAGCGCGCUUAGUCGUUGCUACUGGAUUUUGGUUUUUCCUCACAAAAUUCUUUGUUUACAUUGAGUCUAAUGUUGGCAGUUGUAUUGGAAGAGAACCCUCCAAAGAAAUAUCAAAGUUAAAUAAAAUUGACUGCAUCUCAGGGAAACAUUUCUGGAGAGGGUUCGACAUAUCUGGUCACACAUUUCUUUUAAUUUACAGUAUGCUAAUCCUUAUAGAAGAAACAAAAGUUAUUCAAGGUUGGGAAACCAUAGAAGACUUUAUUCGGAAUGAGGAGCACACCCGUCAAAGUAAAAGUCAGAGCAAUGGGCCAUUGUCCAAUCUGUCCGCUAAAGACUUUGAGUGUGUAAAAAUUUCUUACAGCAAGUUUACAAGUUAUAUUCGCGGUUUGUUCAUUGGUAUAACCGCUCUUGUUAUUAUUUGGAAUGUAAUGCUCAUUAGCACAAUGAUCUACUUUCAUGAUGUAUCGGAAAAAUUGAUCAGUGGGAUCAUUGCAGUUUUUUCAUGGUUCAUAACAUACAAAGUGUGGUUUGCUUAUCCUCAUGUGCUACCUUAUGCUCCAGGGGAGGGUGACUUCAAGUAUUUCAAAGAUACUGCCUCUAUAGUACCACCCCCAAGAAAGAAAAGAAAUAACAUUGUCAAUGAGAAAGGUGAACGAAUUCCUACAUUCUUAGGAAUGCCUCUUUACGGGCUACAGACUCAAAAGUCUACCCAAUCAAAUGGAAGUAGAAGUUGAUAAUUAAAAAACAAAAAAAUAAUGUGCAAAACUAUGAAUUAUGGCAGCUAAGUUCAAAAGCUCUUUUCAUUUUAGCAGAAGGUGGGUACUUAUCUGAAGGCUGGCAAGCAAUCUGGCACCUGUCAAAUUUGUGUAAAUUUAGCUACGUGUUAUGUUCUUCAAAACUUUCUAAGAGCAACAAGUUUUCCAGAAAGCUUCUUAUGUGCUAUCCUAAGGCAAAUCUAUGCUAAGAAACAUGGUAUAUGAAGUGACUUGGAAAUUUUCUUGAUUUCUGUUUUAACCUUUUUUUUUAAUUGCAAUCGAGAAUAUUUAAAACUUGAAAAUUGCAAGUACAUUCAAUAUGGAAGAUCUCAAAUUUUCCAUAGAAUAAGACAAAUUUCCAGAGAAUGAGCGCUCAAAUGAGAAAAUUUUCACAUAAAGUCAAAGAGAUUUCUGCCACCCACUCAGAUGUGAAGCAUGGCCGAAUUUGCUGAGAUGUGGUCCCAAGGUGACAAGCUUUCCUGAAUUUCAAAUAUCCUAGACCAUUCAAUGUUUACCAAUCUUUCUUAAAAAUUCUAUUCGCGAAAUUUUUAAAUGGAAAUUCGCCUGAAAUAUAGAAAAUACACUAUUAUGGCUGGAGAAAAUAAAGCUAAGUCUGCAUCAAAAUUCUCUGAUUUUUCAAGAACAUGUUACUCUGUACCAGCCACUUACUAUGUUGAUGAUGCAGAAGCGUCGAUAUAAUUUAAAACAUUUCCAGCAUGAAAAUGGAAACAUUCAAGUAAUUUUUCAGUGAAAAUGUGCUGAAAGUUUUUUGUUAAGCAGAAACCUCUUUGCAUAAGCAAGCACUUCAAAAUUUUCAAAUAUAUUCCAUGGCAGUACUUAAAUUCACCUAGAAUUUUACUCUCCAAUAAGCAUCCAAAAACCAUAAAAAGUGAACUCAUCCGAAUUUUCAUGAGUAAUGACUUACCAUUACUUGGCACUGGUGACUUGGGCGAUUUUUUUUCUCCCAUCCUGGCACAGUUCACGUUAUUUGAUGAUGAUAAUGAUGAUUUAAUAUUUUUUAUUGGUGUGUCCUUUGAUGUUUUUAUUGAGUGCUACCAGAUAAAUGUAUUCAUCGGUAUACAUGUACGAAGUGGGUUCAAGCAUUAUUGAAAAACUUACUUAAUGCCAAAAUGUGUGAAGAUUUAAUAUGAAAUAUUGUUCUGUUCUAGGUAAAUGAUUUUUCUGCAUACUUAAUUAAUAUCAGUCAAGGAUGUUGACUGAGUCAAUUAUUUUUUUACUUGUGUCCUUAGUGAGAAGUCAUCAAACUCUAGUAGGAAAUAAUUUUUCCCCUUGAAGACAAUCUCCAUGCUGAGUCUAAUUCUUGAAGGAAACACACCUGUGCCUUGACAACAAGAAUUAAUGAUGUCAUAAAUUGACCUAUCAUUUAUUACCUGUCAUAAGUCAUCAUCACUUACUGGUGAGGUGGCCGUAGGAAAACUAAAUUAUUUUGAUUAUUUUGCUCACAGAAUUAAUUCUGUUUCAAACGGUUUCAUAAGCUCACUUGCACAGAACUUUUAAUUUAUAUGAUGCUUGCACCAGAAUUCCAAGCCCUUACUGCUGGUACGUAUUGCAGGCCCAAUGCUUGCACAUGAUGUUGACCAGGUGGCAGAUGAUGUGCAGUGUAUCAUCUGUCUAAGAUUUUUGAUUGGUUGAUUUUAGCCCAUAAAACUCGAAAAUAAGAGCACCACUCACAAUUGAUUUUAUCUAAAGUGGGAGCUCUUUUCUCAACCAUUUAAAAUCAAAUUUAUUGCAAUAACUAUUUCUACUUUUUGAUAUGGGUUUAAAUGACGUCCAAUUUAAUUUCUGUGCUCUUACAGUAUGCUUAGGUAACUAUUUUUUUGUCACCAUUUGUCUAUCAUCAUAAUUACAUCCUUGUCUUUGUAGUCUUGAUUUUUUAGAAGUUUUCAAUCUCUCUUAUGAUUAUGUAAAAAUUGCCUCUGAGUUAGUACAAGCACCUGCCAAAUGAAGUCUCAUUUUAACAAGAAAAUCUCAGCUUGCCAAACACAAUUAUUUUAAAAGAUUUAGUGUAAGUAGUAUGUAAUUAUCAGUGUUAUUGCUCAGAACUAGUGUUCAUUUCUGUAAGGAAAUUUUUUUUGAGAGGUGAAGGGAAUAAUAGACGCAUUUUUAUUUUCUUGGUGUUGAGAAAGAUUUGCUAGGUAAUUUUGAAUGUAUUUAUUUUUAGUUUUAAGAAUGUAUUUUUCAAAACAGAAUCAGUACAAGAAAAUAUUUUAAGGUAGAAACUAAUUUGUACUUGUUGUCAGAAUUUUACAAUUGAUUGUCCUGGUCUUCUAGCCAUAUCGAUGAUGAAACUUAGAAACCAGUUCGCUUUGCAACAUCACAGAUCUCCUGUCGCACUUAAUGUUUAAAGUGUAUGUAUUUAUGCUAAAAGGAACCAUGUGCAUAAGUUUUACGAGCAACAUACAUAUAAAUACUUUCAGUGUUAAUAUGCCCAUGGGUAAAAGUAAUCAAUGUAAUUGCGUAAUGUGUUCUUUCUGCAGAAUGAAUUUCCUAUCAGAAUUUUAAACCGUAGAGCUUUUUUUCUAUCAAAAAAUAAAAUUCAUAGGAGUGGAAAUUAUUAAACAUAUUGACAAAGGGAUAAUAUGAAUGUACGACGUUUGCAAGUUAAGUCAUCAAUAUGUAUCUAGUUUGGUUGUUAAAGAGUAUUGUGCCAACUUGGAGCAAAUGCAUGGGAGGAGCAAAAAAAAACCCAACUAAUCAAGUCUAUGAUCAUGGGUUGCAAAGAAUAUUUUUCGUCAAUCAUCCAUAGUUUUCAAUGCUUUUUCUAAGUACUGAAAUACUUAAGCUGUUCUAUAAGACAUUUUUACACUUUUUUAUUUGUAAUUUUUGGAAUGUUAUGCUAUCCUUGAUUAAUAAGCUGUAUUGUCACUUUCAUCUCUGUACCGGGUGCCGUUAUCUUAAGUUAAUUUAUUCUUGGAAGUAGGCUUUUUUUGAUCAAUCAGUUAUUUAAAUGUGGAACAAAUCAACAGUGAGACUGCAGGAACGUGUAUCUAAGUUUGCAACACUGCAGAAUUUCUGACACAUUUUAUUUUUAAAAUUGAAAAAUACUCAACAUCAUUUCUCAAGAACCUCCCUGAUUUUUCCUCUCUGUGUGAAUAAUAAUGUAUGCAGAUUUUAAGCAGUGUCAGCAUCAGUGUGCUCUCCUUUGAUAAAAUAAAAUAGAAGCAAAGAUUUUGAAACAUCUCGGACGAGACACGCGUUCCUGCAAUUUUGUUGUUGAAAAAAUACUUGUUAACUUAUGUGUUUCUUCAUUUUUUUUCAAAAAUAAAUUUUUUAUUUGUUA